CCUAUCAUAAGCCUUUUGAAGAAAGCCAGCAUCGUUGGCUUGUGCAGCCUAGGGUUCAGCCGAUCACAUGCACGCUGGAGAUGACCGGAGAGAAGCUUUGCGAAACGGAUGUAAGCAGCACGUCCAAGAAUCCUUACACUUGCGAGUCCACCAUGUUUCACAAUGUUGAGGAGACAGUACAGAUCGACUGCUCGCUUAAGCUCGCAGCCACACAGAUUGCUCUAUUCGUCUACGUUGUCGUCUGGCGCGACUCGAUUGUAAAGAGCAUCGUUUUGUAAGAUUCAUGCUUCCUUUGCGAU